GUUCAUGAGCGCCUUCGUCUGAUGCGCGACGCUGCACAUGGACAGUUCAUCAUGGUGUGUCUUCUCCCGUAUUGUUGAGCAGUUCGAACAGGCCCAGGCAACAUGCAGUGGUCGCACGUUGCCUGGAUCUGAUCGAGCUGGCCUAUGAUACGGGAGAAGACACACAUAGCAACCAACACACGGACCGAUUAAAUGAACACUCUCUCAAAAAAAUCAUUACCACAAACCAAAAUACCAAAGGAGACCGUAGACGCAAAGCAGCCUGACCGGAAAGCCCGCGACCGACCAUCCUACGCGAUGUGAUGCGAUCCAUUGCUACGCCCCCUUGCCCUCCGCAAUGGCACUAUUUAUUGUGACUCUCUAUCCACUCGACCGCUUUGGCGAAGUUGUCCACCACAGCUGUCGGCUGGGGAUCGAGCUUCGCCUCAUCUCCGGCACGAUACUUGCCAGUCUGCACACAGACAGGACAGCUCACUCAGGCAGAAUGAUGCAACCAACAUAUGCGCUCAACAAGACAGACGCCCACCUUGACGAGAAUGCCUCGAAGCCCGCAUGCAACCGCCCCCUGCACGUCGUCCGUCGCAUCUGAUGGAUGGAUAUGACACAACCAACACAACGAGCGCCCGCAUCCAUGCGUGUGUGAAUCUUUCCUCCGUCCUUCCGUCCCGCACUCACUGACUCACCAUCUCCGAUCAUGACGACGCUCUCCUCCCCAAUGCCAUCGCCCAGCGUCCGCAUGGCCCCCCGAAAAAACCCCGCACUCGGCUUCCCCACCACCUCGGCCGUCAGCCCAGUGGCAUACUCCAACGCACACGCAAACGGGCCCACACUCAUGGCCAGGCCGUCGGAUCUCAUGAAGUAACGGCUCUUGUGGAUCGCCACCAGGGUGGGGGGGAUGCCCGGGGAGGGGGUCAGGAGGAGCCGCAUCGCCUUGGUCAUGGUGUCGUAGUUGAAAGAGUCUGGUGCUAGGCCCACCACCACGCACGGAUCAUGCUCCUCCUCCUCGCCACCUUGUCCAUCGACCACACACGCCCCAGCCUCCCGGAAGUCCUCUUUGGCGCUCUCAGAGAGCAUUAGGAAGGGCCGCUCCACGCCCCUCUCCUUGAUGAGCCGCACAGCAGCCGACAGCGACGAGAAGAUCUCCGAUGAGUCGAUGUCGAAGCCGAUCGCCUUGAGCCUUGCCAUGAGCUGCCGCUGGCUCUCCUUGGUCGUGUUGGUCACGAACCGGACUCCCUUGACGAGCGAACGAAGCUUCGUCAGUGCUGCAAUGGCGUCGGGCGUCGGCUCACUCUCAAUGUGCAGCGUGCCGCUGAAAACGAAAAACAGACACACACACAGAGAGAGAGAGAGAGAGAGAGAGGAGGCAUCGCAUAUUGAUGACUUUGUGAGCACCAGGGCUGCCGCGUGUGCCCGUGCUCGCCCACCUGAGGUCGACCAAUGCGUAUUCGAUGGGCUUUUCGCCCACUGCAGACGACGUCGACAUGCUAGUGGUCUGGCCGGUCCCAGGCCGGUGUUGAUGGUAGUGGCGGCGAUAACGCAGAGAUGCAGAUCUUCGAGGCGCCUUCAGGCCACAGGAGCUGCAGAAAGCCGACAGGGCCACUGUGGGUGAGGGACGGUGACCGCCGAUGGAGCGUGCGAGGAUGAAUGCAGCUGCAAGCAGAGAUCCUUGAAGCAUUGGCCGACCUGUGAAGCCUUGCCUUCUCAGUCAAACGCACGAAAACCAAGAC